UUUUAUUAAUUUCUGUUAUUUAAAAUGUCAUUAAUAACCUCAAAAAUUAUUUCUACCAUCACAAAAAGUAACAAUGAUAUUUGUAAUUUAGUACAACGAUGUUUUGCGUCAAAAACAUCAGAUUAUGUUCGAAUAGUUGAAGUUGGACCAAGAGAUGGUCUACAAAAUGAAAAGAAAAAUGUACCUUCAGCUUCAAAAAUACAAUUUAUUAAUAAGUUAUCGGAUUGUGGUUUCAAAACCAUUGAAGUCACAAGUUUUGUAAGUCCAAAAUGGGUUCCACAAUUAGCUGAUGGAGCAGAAGUAUUCUCAAAAAUAAAUAAAGUUCAGGGUAUAUCAUAUCCUGUAUUAGUUCCCAAUUUAAAAGGAUUAGAAUCUGCUAUGUCUGUGGGUGUUCAAGAAAUAGCAGUAAUGGGUUCAGCAUCAGAUACAUUUUCAAUGAAAAAUUUAAAUUGUACAUCACAAGAGAGUGUAGAUCGUAUUAAAACAUUCGUUAAUUUAGCUAAACAAAAUAAUAUAAAAGUUCGCGGUUACAUUUCAUGUGUAGUUGGAUGUCCUUACGAAGGAAAAAUUAAACCUAUUAAUACUGUGAAAAUAACCGAAGCGUUAUUAGAAUUAGGCUGCUAUGAAAUUUCGUUAGGUGAUACAAAUGGAGUUGGUACUCCUGGCAGUAUUAAAACAAUGUUAAAAGAUGUUUUAAAAGUUGUUUCACCGAAACAAUUAGCUAUACAUUGUCAUGAUACUUAUGGACAAGCUUUAGUCAAUAUUUAUACAUCAUUAGAGAUGGACAUACGAGUCGUUGAUGCAUCAGUUUCCGGUCUUGGUGGUUGUCCAUAUUCAAAAGGAGCAACUGGGAACGUAGCAACUGAAGAUUUGGUGUAUCAAUUGAAUGGUAUGGGUGUUGAAACUGGUAUCAAUUUAGAAAAAUUAAUGGAAGCUGGUGAUUACAUUUGUAAAGAAAUAGGAAAGCCCACAGAAUCAAAAGUUCAUCGAGCUUUAUCCAAACUUAAAAAUUAAUUUCGUAUAAGUUUUCGUAUAUUCUUAUCGUAUAAUUUUGUAUUUUUCUUCCGGAAGAGAACAGGGUGCAUUCCUAAUUUUAUUGUAAUUUGAGUCAAAAACUAAUGAAACUGAUUGAGAAACGAAUGAUUUAUUUUAAGCAAAAUUUAUUAAAAACAGUGACAAAUAUAUUUUAU